AUGGCGCCUUUUGGUCAAACGAUCGCUGUGAUUGACAAGUCUGGCAAAGUUGUCAGCACAAGUAAGCAACUAUUUGGUGUUUUCAGCCAUGCCAAAAACGCAUAUCGCGAGCGCAAGUCCGCCUUCCAAUCAGAACGCAAUGCAAAAAUUGCGGAGCAACAAGCACUCGAAGGACUCGCCAACUAUCAGAUCGAUGACGCGCCGGCGCCGUCAGUAGCGGCCUCUCGACGAAGCCGCGGGACUCGGUCAAGACAUCACAGCGGCCGCAGUCAUCGUGCUUCGUCCCACUACGAUGAUGGACAGACAGUUGUAUCGCGGCGGGAAUCUCAUUACGAGCCCCCGCAGACAAUCGCCCGCCGCCAUACCCAUCACGACGUGUCAGUCCGAGACGCCCCUCGCCCAUCAACGGCUCGGUCAAGAUCUGAUGCGCAUAUCGACAUGGAUCUUGCAUAUGGGGACGCCUCUCAUGCAGCCCUAUCUCGAUACAACCCCCCAGAGCCCAAAAAUGACCAACAACAGCUUGAUGGUCUUGUCAGCCGGGCACAGUGGCUUCUCGAAGAAGCACACUGUGUGCAACAUGGUGCUACCGCGACUAUCGCCCAUCUCCAGAAGAACCCAGAUGCCAUGGCCGCCGUCGCCUUGACUCUAGCGGAGAUCAGCAACCUGGGGCGCAAGAUGGCGCCCGCCGCAUUAACCACGCUCAAGUCAGCCGCGCCAGCCGUCUUCGCUCUUCUUUCUAGUCCUCAAUUUCUCAUCGCUGCCGGAGUCGGUCUAGGCGUGACGGUGGUCAUGUUUGGAGGAUACAAGAUUAUCCAAAAAAUCAAAGGCGGCGCUAUCGGGGAAGAAGGAAAGCCCCCCGAAACGGAAAUGGAAAUGGAAGAAAUGAUGGAGUUCAACACAGAAGAUCUCAGUUCUGUUGAGAUGUGGAGACGCGGCGUCGCUGACCAGCAAGCCCACAGCGUUGGAACAUCUGUUGAUGGCGAAUUCAUCACACCCACCGCUGCGGCCAUGUCGGGUAUCGAUGUGACGACUGCUCGCGCUCGACGAGAUCCUCGUUUCAAAUUCGAUGAAGAUGCCUCGGUCGCUUCGUCCCGUCGCUCCCGCCGUUCGCGCACCACCCGGGCUCCGACACAUGCGCCGUCAGAACGACACGAACGGAGAUCAAAGGCUCCUUCAGAGGCACCGAGUGGAUUCUUCGGACGAAGCUCCUCCAGGUCCAAGGCGCCAUCAGAGGCCCCCAGCAAAGCGCCUAGCAGAGCACCAAGCAGAGCUCCUAGUCGAGGUCCUAGUCGAGCUCCCAGUCACGCCCCCAGUCGCACACCAUCUAAAAAACAUAGCACCUAUGUCUCCGAAGCUGAGAAACGACCAAAGGAGAAAAAGAAAGGUCCCAGCCGGUUACGACUUAUGUUCACCUCUUCAUCUUGA